AUUCGAAAAUGUUGAGCUGGAGCGACGAAAUGGAUAAUAUGCUUGGUGUGAUAAAUCGCCAAGUAAAACAUUCCUUGACCAAAAUCAAACUGGCACUCAAAUGCGAUGGUCUAUCGCUCAAUGCUGAUUUCGGGCAAUAUUUUUUGCGGGUCACAAAUGAUCGGAUCAAGAGUUCGUAUGAUGAAUUCGAAUUUUAUUCAAAUUUUGUGGACCAGGCGAGCAUUGUAACAGAUGGGAACAUUCCAUCAGGCGAUAUCUCGUGGACGAUGCGAUCAAUUGAUACCAAGAACCAAGACAUCGACGAUUUUCGAAACCGGUUUACUAGUCCCUUCGAAAUCAUUGACUCUAGUGAUGAAGAAGAUCCGGCGAUAAGUCAGCUGAAAUUGGAAUCAUCGGAAACAACAUUUGACAGUCCGUACGAUAAUAACCGCGACGAUUUUCAAAACGAAGAGGAUGGAAGUUACAUCGAAAGUGCCACGACAGAAGCUGCAAUCGCAAAAUUGCAUGGGACGAAGUCACAUAGCAUUGGUUACAAGAAAGAUAUUUGGAAAAGCAAAGAAGAAACUGAAAACGCGACGAAAGUCAAAGAAGUGGCAGUGAACGAUGGUGUCCCGUUGAUUGUCGGUCGUGUAAAUCGCAAUACAGGCACAAGAAACCAGACGGAUUUAGAGAAGCGAUACAAGUGCCAACUUUGUGAUUAUGCCACUAAGCACAACAAUCUUGCUCGUCACAUGCGUACUCACACCGGUGAAAAACUAUAUCGAUGUGAUAGUUGCCGCAAAGAAUUCACCAGUAUGCAGAACCUGAAGAGGCAUAAAGUAUCUCACAUCAAUGAAUUUCAAUUCCACUGUCGAGGUUGUCUUAAGGGAUUUCUGCAGAAGGACAAUCAAGAAGCCCAUGAAAAAGUGUGCAAAUUGCGUCGGUAUGAAUGUCAUAUCUGCAAAAAGUUUGUCACUGUGGGUAGAACUCAGUUGAAGCAGCAUAUGCGAAAGCACAACGGUGAAAAACCGUAUCGAUGCGAGAUUUGUAUGAAGUCUUUCACGCAAAAAAUUAAUAUGAAGAGACACACGCGUACCCACACAGGCGAGAAGCCUUAUCAAUGUGAAAUUUGCCGCAAAGGAUUCACAAUUCUGCAAAACAUGAAGAAGCACAAA